AUGUGGCGAUUCAUAAGAAACCAAAAAAAAGAAACAAACGAAGUAAUACCCGCUAGUCAAAUUAGUAAGGAAACGUGGAUCAGUUACUUUAAAGACCUAUAUAAAGGUGCACCUAUGCAACAACCAGCACCGAGUGUGGUAAUAGACGACCAGAUAUCAAUAAAUGAGUCGGACAUAAAAAAAGCACUGAAUAAACUCAAAAAUAGGAAAAGUCCGGGUCAGGAUGAUAUCACUAACGAACUGCUCAAGUAUGGCUGCGAAAGAUUGCUUCAGGAGUUAACGGUCUUAACACAAAAAAUUUUUGAACAACAAAAAAUUCCCGACGAGUGGCGGACAAAUCUAGAAAAGGCGUUCGACYGGAUACAGCUGGAGGAUAUAGUGCACCUUCUAUAUGACAGACAAAUACCGAGUAACAUCAUCARAACUAUCGAAGACAUCUAUCGGAAUAAUCGAAUACAGGCAAAGAUAAACAACGAACUCAAAGAACUCAUAAUGGUGGAAAGAGGUAUUCGACAGGAUGACUCACUGAGCCCCCUACUUUUUAACAUUAUAAUGGACGAAAUCAUAAAGAAGGUGAGCGAACAAAGAGGAUAUCGAAUAGGGAACCGUGAGAUAAAAAUCUCGUGUUACGCUGAUGAUGCAGUCCUGAUAGCAGAAAAUGAGGAUGACCUGCAAAGGCUCCUGUAUACGUUCAACAUAAUUGCCAAGACACUCGGGAUGUCUAUAUCAACAUCCAAGACUGAAUGCAUGACUACAUCUAAAACACCCCUAAGAUAUGCAAAAGCGCGUAUAUACAAAACCGCUAUAAGGCCUAUACUAACAUAUGCGGCAGAAACAAGACCUGAAACAUCUAAARCACGCCAAAUCAUGGAAGUAACUGAAAUGAAGAUAGUUCGCAGAAUAGCUGGGAAAUCACUAUGGGACAGGGUAAGAAGCAAAGGCCUUAGGAAAGCAUGSCAGAUCGAGAACAUYAACGACUGGAUAUUAAGCAGAAAAGUAGAGUGGAAUGACCACAUCACUCGCAUGACUGAUGACCRAGUGGUCAAAAUAUCCCAAGAUAAGUCACAAUAA